AUGUCUGACGGUCCAAUCCAUUCUACUGGCCGCGGCGGCGCCGGCAACAUCGGCCACGACCCCGUCCAGUACCACGACGGCGCCAUCGUCCGUGAAGGCAUCCAAGGGCAAGGCAACGGCGACUUCUCCACCGGCCGCGGCGGCGCAGGCAACAUGACCAAGUCACCUCUGAUCCGGCCCGCCGACGGCAGCCCACGCACCUCGUCCGACUUCAUCCCAGAGGAUGCGCUGCGCAAGCCGCAGGACAACUUCCAUACUGGUCGUGGUGGCGAGGGCAACGUGUACAAGGAGAAAUAUGGUGGGCACAGCCACUCUCCGGACAGGAAGGGCGCGAUCGAAAAGGUCAAGCACGCGCUGCAUCUCGACGGGAGGGAUAAGAGGGAGGGAUCACCUCUUGCUACCGAGACGAAGCCGGAGAAUUAG